AUGGGAAUCUUUAAUAGGUUAUCAAGUAAUCGCAAUCAAGGCGAGGUUGACACGACCGAUGCGGAAACGGUUAACGGUUCCCUAGAUAAUGAGUCAAAAAACUACUAUAAAAUAUUUUCAAAAGCUUUUUCACAAAGAGACAUGGAAAAAAACAAUUACUCGACAAAUGAAAUACAAGAGUAUACCAGCGAGGAUUCGGACAAUGCAUCUACAAAAUAUGAACAAACUCAUAGAAAAUUAAAGUCAAGACAUAUUCAGCUGAUCGGUAUUGGUGGAACAAUCGGUACCGGUUUGUUUAUUCAAAUAGGAAACGGACUAGUUAAGGGUGGACCAGGAAGUUUAUUACUAGCAUUCAUUGCAUGGUGUAUUCCAAUUCUGUGUGUAACAAGCUCAACAGCCGAAAUGGUUUCAUAUCUUCCAUUGUCGUCACCGUUCAUUCAACUGGCAGGAAGAUGUGUAGAUGAAGCUUUUGAAGUCAUGUGUGGCUGGAACUUCUUUCUUUUUGAAGCCAUCAUGAUUCCAUUUGAGCUUACAGCCGUCAAUGUUCUUAUUCACUAUUGGAGAGAAGACUACUCACCAGCUAUCCCUAUGGUUCUUCAGUUGGUCAUCUACUUUCUUAUUAAUGUCUUUGCUGUUGACUUAUAUGGUGAAAGUGAGUACUGGAUGGCCAUGGGCAAAGUAAUUCUUGCAGUCGGUAUGAUCAUUUUUACGUUCGUUACUAUGGUUGGUGGUAAUCCACAACACCAUGCUUAUGGCUUUCAAUUUUGGAAGGACCCUGGUUCUUUUCUGGAGUAUCUAUCAACAGGUUCUUGGGGUAGAUUUCUUGGAUUUUUUGCCUGCCUGACACAAGCUGCUUUUACAAUUGCUGGACCAGAAUACAUUUCCAUGGCUGCGGGUGAAUGCGUGAACCCACAAAAAGUUAUGCCUAAGGCUUUCAAAAGUGUCUUUUAUCGUCUCAUCACCUUUUUCAUUCUUGGUGCCCUAUCUGUUGGAAUUGUUGUUUCUUCCAGAGACCCUAACUUGAUUGAUGCUAUUACUAACGGUAACUCCGGUUCUGCAGCUUCGCCAUAUAUAGUUGGUAUGACUAGGAUGAAAAUUAACGUUUUGCCUCACAUUGUCAACGUACUCAUUCUAUCUUCGGCAUUUUCUGCCGGUAAUUCAUAUGUCUACUGCUCGUCAAGAACUCUUUACGGUCUUGCACUUCAAGGGCACGCUCCAAAAAUAUUUACCUUUUGCACUAAAAAGGGUGUUCCUAUUGUCGCAGUUGUUUUUUCUCUCGCUUUUGGAUUUCUAGGUUUUCUUCAGCUUGGGAAGACGGCUUCAACAGUUUUAAAUUGGAUUGUAAACCUUGUUACAGUUUCCCAAGUUAUUAACUUUUGCACCUUGUGUGUUACAUAUGUUCGGUUCUACUAUGCUUUGAAGGCUCAGGGAAUUGAUAGAAGAACACUACCUUACCGUGGAUAUUUCCAACCUUAUGCUGCCUAUAUUGGAAUGGUUUGUACUUUUGCAAUGAUGUUUCUGGCUGGAUACCCUGUUUUUGUUGAUUGGGAUGUCCCAACUUUUAUUUUUUCGUAUAUUAUGAUACCCAUUUGUGUUUUUGUGUUUUUAUUUUGGAAAAUUGUUAAGAAAACUAAAUUCAAAAAGGCUUCUGAGGUGGAUUUGUUCACUGGGUUAAAGGAAAUUCAGGAUCACGUUGAUUCUUUACCACCAGACACAAAACCAAUCACUUGGUACGGCAAACUUGGAGCAUUCAUUAAAGGUGAUUGA